CUAAUGUGAUGUGUCACUUAUUUUACUUGAAAGCGGUUGACGACUCCAUUCGUAUUUUAUUUUAUACCGGACGUGUUCUAUUCUGUUGUGUACAUAAUCGUUAUUUAUUUUUGGUGCUCGUCUCCCCCUCAUCUUAGCAGAGCAGAUCAUUCGUUGUCAGUCAUUCCAGAAAUAAACACACACGGAUUACCUGCAGCACAGCGGACACGCACACACGUUCCCGUCGUCUAACUCUAUGUUUCAAACUGUUGUUGUCUCCAUCCAUAUUAGUAUCUGCUCGAAUAGGAUGUAAUUUUAAUUUCAACAAAGAAGUGAUUGUAAAAAAAAAAAUAAUAAAAAAUAUAUUUAUAAACAACAAGAGCAAGACAAACUAUGUCUGAUAACUGCUAUACAAAUAAUGCAAGAAAAUGAAUCAAAGGAACUGGUCGAAUUUCAUUAUGAAACGACCGAAACGAUGAGAAACAUUCUGAAAAAACAACUGUUAUCAGCUGAUUUAUUCCAACAGACAUUCUUGUCCACCAUACUUUCUGCUUUAGACAACUCAACAUUAAAUAAUGACUGUGUUACUAACACGUGGCUUGACACUCUACUGGACUUCAUCGAGUUCUUACCUACAGACUGUUUACAAAAAGAGAUUCUACCAUUUGCUAUUGAGCGGAGUGAACUCUCUAAGCCUGAGGCAUUGCGUUUGAUAAGCUGCAGGAUAUUUGGUUCUCUUGCCACAAAAUUAAAUAGUUUUAUUGUAAAACGUGAAAUAUGGCCGUGUAUCUUGUCACUCUGCCAAGACGAAAGCGUCCUGGUAAGGAAAACCGUAUGUCAAGAGUUGAGUAAAGUCGGUGCAAUUCUUAAAGAGAACACAAACGAUUCAAACGAUUGUAUCUUGUUGCCGGCUAUAGUGGAUUUGGCCAAUAAUGCCGAUUGUGGAGUUAAAGUAGCUUUGCUUGAUGUCAUUGUUGAUAUUAUACCGUGUUUCCCUAAUGAAACAAUAGUUUCCGUUAUUUUGCCUUUGGUAAAGAAACUGUUUGAUACUGACUUAAAAAGUGCUAACUUGUUGACUAUAACAGUUUCCAAGAAUAUCGGAGUUAUCUGUAAAGCUUUAAAAGACUAUUUAGAAUUAGAAGAUGUCACUUGGUUCAUUAAUAAAUAUGUGGAACUAUUAGAUGUCGAAACCGUGCCAUGCCUAUGCCCUAACGAUAACUCUUCUAUCAGUGAAAUAUCUUACGCGAAUUGGUCUAUUCGUACAUUUUGUGCUGCCAGUUUACCAGACAUAGUUUUAUUUACAUCUUCAGACAAGAGCAGCACAACGUUGUUGAUUUAUUUAAUUAAUCACUUGGUCGAUCUGGUUUCUGAUGAAUAUGUAGAAGUACGAAUAGCCUUAGCAAGUGUUAUAAAAGAGGUGUUGAUAUCACUGAAUGACAAGGUUGUACUGAUUUCUACAGUUUUGAUGAAAUUGUUAACUGAAAGAGACACGCGUGUUUUAAAAAUAAUGAUACCGAAUUUAAGUUUUAUAAUAAUGAAAAUGAAAUAUCAAGAACAAGUUUUAAAGUCGUUAAUGCAGUUAGAAGAAUAUCUGUGCUCGCAAUACAACUGGAGAUUAUACGCAGAAUUUUUGCAUCAGAUAAUGGUAUUGCCGGCGUGUUAUUCGUCCGAUUUAGUAUAUAUCGUUGGAAAAGUGAUGAUCGAUAGAUUCAACACUGUUAGGCAAAAACCAAUUAAAGAAGCCGUAUGUACAUUAUUGUUGACAAUUUUACGUUACAAUCUUGAUGCAGACCAAAGAACAUUAAUACGGGAAAAUCUUAUUGACCGCACUGUGAACAACUCAAAUUUUUACAAACGAGUUUUUUAUGUAUUUGUAUGUCAAGAAGCCAUGAAUAUUUUUUCCGCUGCAUACUUUAAGAAACAUUUUUUAAUGCCGUUGCUGUCAUUAGCUGAUGAUAAAACAAAAAACAUAAGAUACGGCUUAUGUACGAUUAUGCCCAGACUAGUGAACAUUCUUUCUACAACAGCGACUGAAAAAAUAUUAUUGAAUCGUUUAAAUGGCAUAAUAAACCAACUAAUGACAGACGAGGAUCGCACAAUUCGAGGACAACUACAAAACUUAGAAUAUUGCCGUGUCACUGUCACUCUUCUAAUUCGAGGUAAAAAUAGUAAACCAGAAUCAGAAUGUACAUACACUGAUGGAGACAUGUUAAAAUUUAGAGAAGAGUCUCGUCUGUUACUUAUGAAGUCAUGUGAGCGCAUCAAUUUAGAAAAUGGUGGAAUAUUUUUGAGAAGUCUCAUUGAAGAAAAAAUGUCUCAUAAUGAACCAGAAAAAAGUCCACGAACAUCAUCGAACGAAAAUGAAAAAAUAGGUUUGGCUGACAAAAAAGCUUUCAUGUUAGAAUCGGAGUUUAUUAAAGACACUGGUGUUUCCAUUAACAAAAUGAUUGAACAUUCAUCGUCCAAGAUACCUACUCCUGUACAGCAACCGAUAAUUGGAGAACAAUCACGCGGCAAAAUACACAAGGAAAAAUCAUCGUUUUUGCCCAUGAAAAAAGCUAGAGCGUUACCUAUGUCUUUUAAUUUUCAAAGAAAACCGAACAUCUGUAAUCAACAACAACAGGUGGUCACUCGAGUGACAAAUGUCGUCAAAAGAAAUGGCAACAAGGGUGGUAACCGUAGCAAACGGUUAAGCGUACCAGCCAUGUCAAAUACCAAUGCAGAACUAACGAAAGACGCUAACGGUAACCUUGUGAAAUACUCAAAUAAAAGACCACAGUCGUGCUAUGUGGAUGGAGAUCAUCCUGUCGUCGGAGCGGAUAAAAAACCAGAAAAGUCAUUGUCCGACGAAACGUUAGACAAGACAUUCAGAAAACAACCUUUGAGUCGUCUUCCAAUUAGAAAAUCACAAGGUAAAUGAAUGUCGGUUUUCCACUGUGUUAGAAUCCGAAAUUAUUGAUCUUGCGCCAAAUUGAAAAUUCUGAGCUGUGAUAAAUUAUCAGUAUACGAUUAUAUAACUAUAUUUUUAUUUGGUUUUUUUAACAUGGAAAUAUUUUUAUAUAAUAUUUGUAUCUUUUUUUAAUAUUUUAUAACAAAACUCAGGUACAAUUAUUUUUUUUUAAUUAUAAUUUAUUACCUUGACAGUAUUUAAAGAAUAAAUAGAAUUGAAACUAUUUACCGCAAAUUUUUUUUUAGAUUAUAUAGGGGAUAGUAGAUGGAAUAUAGCUGUUUAAUUUUAAUUAUUUUACUUUAUUAUCCACAAACUUCUUGUGUACUUUUAAAUUACUAAUUCAUGUGUUUUACUAAACACAUUUUAUUUAUUUUGAUUUAUAUAAUAAACCAUUCUGUUGUCAAAAAAAAAAUACAACAACAUUUUUAUCCACUUAUUAUAAAAGAUAACCAUAUAUUUAUGUCAACCUGUUACCAUUGUUAAAUCUAAAAAAAAAUUGUCAAGGUAAAAUGUAUCUACCAAAGAUUAUAUUGCGUCCAUAGCAUUUAUUAUUUACUCUUACCUAUUUUAGUGUUAU